UUUGGAGUAAAAGCAGUCAGAAUGUAGAACAAAUGUCUUCAAUCAAGUUUGGCCUAAAGCAUUUUUACAGUGUGUGUAUGUGUAUGUUUGUACAUUACAGUUAUGACAAACUAUGAAUAAAAUAACAUAGUCUUGACAAUUCUAUAUUAUUUGUAAACUCUACUAAUGAAAUAUUCUUUUUUUCCUAAAGUUCUUGCUUAGGAACAGUUUUGGGUUUUGUAUUGUAAAGUAUUGUUAGGAAGGUCUGAAGGUUGAUGGUAAUUCAUAUUUUUGAUACAGAUUGGUCAUCAUGUUUUGAGAAGUCUUUUGAGUUUUCAUACUUAAUCUUCUGCAGAAUAUUUACAUACUGAGAAUGUACCAGAACUGAUGUAGAUCACAGUUUGCAGCUUCCUACCAUUUUAAACAGCUUGCAUUUCCUAAAAGAAGAACCAGCUACAAGAUGGCCAACAGUGUGAGGGCAAAAAGAAGAGGGAAGAUAUUUGGUUUGGCAUAUGCUAGUUUGGCAUAUUUGUCCUGUGACAACAGCUAAUGGGUACAGGUUUUCCCUGGCCUCAUUUCAUGAAUCUUCCCCCAAGAACAGGAAUAUCUCACCAGGGGAAGCGUUUAUCUGUAAACUACCAUUGACUGAGAGGAAGGAGCUGAAGAAGGGAGCAUAACUAUAGCUGACAAAUCUCUUUCUGGUGCUUGGUCUUUUUAUCAGACCCUUUCAUUCUCCUAGCUGCUCAUCUACCUUGUGUUGAGUAUGAUUAAGCAGAACAAGCUCUCUACAAUUAUAAUAGAUAGAUGAUUACCCAGAUCUUCAGCUCUUGGGCAGCACAGAAGUGAAAUAAAGAAACAAAUCUGUAUUCAUUCUUAUCUAAGUUAACUCUGUUUUGAUGUUUUUGUAAUAUGUUAAAAUACAAUUUUAUAUUACUAAUUGCUAAAGGUAGAAAGAAAGUUAGCAUGUUGUUCUGAUUCUCACUCACCAGGGUGGACUAUUUGUUUCCUUCCUGGUCCAAUUUAGGAUGGUGCCUGCUGCCUUUAAGCAUGCUAUUUUUAAAAAAACUUUAAAUAUGGAAUCUUUAUUUUAGCGUUCUUCUCCUAUGCUUCCUGCUUUAUCCUGCUUGUGCAAGGAUUUGGGGCAGGGCUUUUUAACAACAGCAGUAUCCACCUUGUGGAAUUCCCUCCCUUGGUAAAUCUACCAGGCCUCUUCUUUAACCAUAGUCUGCUGCCAGGUUGAAGUACUCUAUUAUUAUUUCUGAAGGCUGUUGCAGCCAUUUAAUAUAGUGCUUUAAAAGUCUCUAAAUAGCUUUCUUUUUUGCUCUCUCCUGUCCAACUUUACUGCUGCCUUUUUGUUUUGCUGCUUCGCUCUGUCUAACAGUGGUAAGGCCAUCCUGCAGCAGUCUGAAAGUACAAUGCUGGGCAUUUAACUGUGGCUUGUUUUGCCAUGUCAAAUAUUUUAUGAACUUGAGAGUUUACGAAACAAUGAAAGCUGUAACGCAGAAGUUUCCAGAGAGGCAAAUGUAAUAAAUAGGUUGGCAUUUCAUCUCCCUCAUGAAUAAUGAAAAUGAUCUAACAAGUCAGUGUUUUUCUGUCUUAUGUCUUGGGUAACAAUGCACACAGCAUUUUAUUGGCUGGCACUUAGCCUAUCAGGAGCCAAAAUACCAUUCACUACCAAACAUAUAAAAAGGCACUGGAAAACUCAGUGCAUAAUUUCCCCCCCCUCCGGUCAGCCCUUCAAAUGCUAUCUUAACCAUAAGGCCAGGAAGAAGUCCAAAAAGACAAGAGGACAGAAGGACAACAGAGAAAAACAGAUGCAAAGAGCAGCAGGGCAAACUACAGCAGUAAAAAUCCAGACAAACUUUUUUCCAAGGAAGUAAGAAUUACCCAAGGCAAGUCAAGCAAAGAGACAGACCUGACCACAGACCAAAGAGUGUUGGGAGAGCAGCAAGGUGAGCUGUGACAUGUCUGACAGUCAAUGUGAUACGGAGAGCUCUGAGGAGCCUGAGCCGUCCCACCGGGAGAGGAGGCCAAAAACAUCUCGUUCGUGCCGGGCUGGCUUGAUAUUCCCCGUGAGCCGCAUUGAUAGAUUCCUCCGAAGAGGAGACUUUGCAGAACGCGUUGGGGCAGGUGCAUCGGUUUACAUGGCUGCAGUACUUCAGUACCUGACAUAUGACAUUGUGGAUAUUGCUGGGAAAAUUGCUGAAAGUGACCACAAACGUCGAAUUGCCCCCCGACACUUACAGCAGGCCAUCAGCAGUGACUCUGAGCUCCACUGUCUGCUUGGGGGUAUUGUCCUCCCUCAGGGAAAAGCCCCUCCCAAGAGCCAGCCUGCCACAACCUCCAGAAAGGGACGGAGCAAGAGGAGCAAGGCUGUUCGAGCGCAAAAUGUGGUUGCUGCAUAAACAAAAGUGGUGCUGUUUAUCUGGAUUUGAGAGGGAGUCUUUGCUAUCCAGCAGUGUGCACUAAUAAAAGCUGCUCUGAUGAUGUG